AUGUCUAUUCUCUGGGGCUUGAAGCGCAUUUCGCAGAACUUGCUGCCAGUCCAAACUGCUAUGAAAUACCCAGGGAACACAUUGCGCAAGGAGCUAGAAGAUUGCUGGGAACUAGACGUACCCGCAUACGAAUACACGCCCAUCGACCGUGAUGCACAAGAGCAGCGCUUUCUCGUCCUCCAUCCAUGCCCCGGCGACAAGAGCGAUCCAGAGAACCAUGUCAGAUGCAGCAUAGAAAUACGCCCACUCGCCAAGGCCGGAUCUUUCAUCGCUAUCAGAGACAGUAGAGGCUAUCGUCUAAUACAGGAUGCGAUCGAGAUCGAUGGCAAGGGGCUCGUUGUACCAGCCGCGGUCGAGGUUUUUCUCAGAUACUUUCGCGGUCACCGCCUGCCCGUGACAUUAUGGAUCCGGCACAUCUGCCUCGAAGAAUUCUCCUCGGCAGAAGAUCAGAAGGGGUACUGGACCCGUGAGUUCCUCGACUCAAUGUACGCAAGGGCAACUCAGGUCGUGAGCAUGACCGAGGUCGUCACCGAGCUGCUGGAAAGGGGCAUGGUGGAAAGGAGAACGCAGUCAAAGUAUCGAGAAUGGAAUAAGGCCUGGCACUACAUUGACGAUGAAUCGAAACCAUCCUUCCAGUUCACCUUGCCAAAGAUUUAUCCAAUUAAGCUAGGGAAAAGCCCAUCCAACGAUGCGCCCGUUACGAACCACGACUACGUGCCGCUCGAUAUGCUUGUCGGCGAGAUCCGUAUUCUCGUCGUGACACCUUCAGAGGACCGCGAAGCACCAGUCAUCGCCCAUCUGGCCCAUUGCCCGAUGGUGUGCGAAGUGCGCUACCACGCCUUGUCGUACACCUGGGGCAACCCCGGGGAUACGGUCGAGAUCGUCGUUAACGAUCAGAAGAUGCAGGUCCGGCGGAACCUAGAGCAGGCUUUGCGUACCAUACGGAGCAAGAAAGUGGCAAUGCCCAUCUGGAUCGAUGCCUUGUGCAUCGACCAACUAAACGUUGCCGAGCGGACUAGACAGGUUGCACGCAUGUUUGACAUCUAUGACCGCGCAUCCCAAGUCAUCUGCUACGUUGGCGAGCACAGCGAUGAGACCGAUAUGGCGCUGGACUUGUUAAGCCGAUGGACCAGCUCAAGACGAGUCUGGGUCGUUCAAGAAGUCGCUACCUCGUCAGAUCCCGCGGUGAUAGUCGGCAACCGGAAAGCCGUCGGGUUCGGAUCCCUCGAUGCCGCCGCGUACAACUUGCAAGCCAUGAUAGCCUUCAACCCCGUUCUCAGAACGCAGAUGACGGCCGCAGACCCGCAGCUGGGUCAGUUUGGUCUAUCGUACGACGAGCUCAUCUUCAUUCGCAAACUCUUCUACUUUAGGCACCUGAUGGCCGGAGGAAAGCUGUACUCCUCGUUCUUCUCACCCACCGUCAGGAAGGACAGCCCUGGCUUUCUUGAGGCCGCCAUUCUCACACGAGACUUCCAGGCAACCGACGGCAGAGACAAGAUAUUCGCUCUGUGGAACUUGGCACGGGAUAAGAAGGGACUCGACUUCAAGCUGGAUUAUAACCAAAGCCGCCAACAAGUCUUUAUUGACUUCGCAACAGCUUGGUCAAGACAGCACGGAAGUCUCGAUAUCAUCGCCGCCUCUGAGCCAUGGCAUAACGUCGAUAAGUUCUACAGUCUCGUGCCGUCAUGGUGUCCCGAUUGGACCGUCCCGGCAGCCACGAGCUGCCUCGUCCGUCGAGAGAGGAUCCCCAUGAGGCGUAUGAUGCUGAUGGACGACUUGGACGGCGAGCUGUACUCCGCUGACGGAGGAGUUGGACAGCUUCGCGACUUUGAAGAAUUCUUCAGCUUUAACAAGGGCAUUAUCAACUGUCGCGGCGUUAUCCUAGACGAGAUUGAUGAUAUCAUCAAAGACUCAGGGGAGAUGCCCUCAGGACACAUAUUUCAGCCACCCGACCCAGACGCCUUCUACAAGUUCCAAGAGUGGACAGCAGCCAUACCAAAUAUCUAUAAAGACCGCGAAGCCAACCCGUACGAUGAUCCUCUACAAGCGGCCAUCGCCAUGUUCCACGGCGACGUAACCUCGGCCUGGGAACGGCGCGACCGGAACCCGGAAAAGCUGGAAGCCCUCGGUGCUCGCUUCAAUAAGACCAAGGAUCAGAACGCGUGGCAUAACUACGACUGCAUUACUGCAAAGUCGCGCCAUAUCCCGACGCAGGGGGCGCCUUACAGCUAUGAAGGGCGUCCGUGGUUUGAUAUUGUACAGUCGGUGCUCCGAGGAAGGACGCUCUGUAUCACGAAAAAGGGGUACAUGGCCCUCCUGCCUUCUUACAUCUCCGAAAAGACUUUCGACAAGCCGUGGCUUUUGGCUGUGAUAGCAACGUGCUCUGUGCCAGUAUUGCUGCAAGAGGUUGACAGUGUAGAUGGGGAGACUGUGUACAGGUUUGGUGGCACCUGCUUCGUCCAGGGAUGGAUGGAAGGGGAAAUGCUGAUGAAACUUGGAGACUCGGCGUCGCCGGCUGAAUUCUGGCUCACGGACGAGGCAAGGAGUAGCAAAUUGUAUGUUCGUUGA